AUAAUUUAUGAAUUAAUCAUGAUAGAACAAAAGCAGUAGAUAAUGACAAAUUUUCUCGCAGUUUUGGAUUGAACACAAAAAAUGUAGUUUUAUUUUCGCUGAUUAUCAAUAACAAAAUUAUUCUGGGUCUAGCAAAAUGAUAACAACAUUCUUAAAAAUAAAUAGGGUUUGUUCACAGACCCCUGUUCCGCGUAUUUUCUGGAACGAAACAUGGACUACACCCAGUAAAGUAGAAAAACUGUCUACCAGUGUGCUGCACAAACGGAAAAGCACGACAUCUAGCGAAGACGAAUGUGAAAAAUGUAAGCGUAUCAUAGAAAUUAUCUUUGCACCAAACAAGCCAGAUGUUGAUGCAGCGACAGUUGAAGCCAAUAAGCUGACACAAGAAAUAAGACAAGAUCGUAUAACUCAAAUUAUAGCUUCUGCUGUACGUAAGGACGAAACCGUUUAUGAAAAUUGCAGUAGAAAUAUAUUCGGCGAAAGUAAGUCUGAAAAUGAUAAAAAUAUUACGGAACACGGAACUGGUACACCCAAUAAUAUCACGUUACAAUCAAUCACGGCAAAGCAUGCCGAAGAAAAACUUGCACAAAAAAUUGAAAUAAUCAAUGAAACACCAAUAGGUGAAUCUGCUAAACCUACAACCGAAGAAUUAAAUACAUUUCCAAAAGUUUUAGGUAACAAAACGGAACCAAUCACAUCGACUGUUUCUAAUAACUUGAAUAAUAAUCGUAACGAUGUACAAAACGCAAUAAUAAACUUAACUUCUCAUGAUACACUCGACGAGUUAGCAAAACGAUGUCUCGAUUCACCAAACAAUAAAAUCGAUGAUCAUAUUUUAAAGGAAAUGGAAAAACUUGGUAUCCCACAGACGACUGCACAUAGAGAAUCAACUAUACCUAUAGUAGACCAUGAAGUUAUGCAAAUAGAUAUAUUGGAAAAACCUUAUAAAACUAUUCAGAAAUCUCAGGUUGAAUUAGAAAUACGUGUAUUGGAUCCUGUACAUACAACUGAAACAGUUAACACAUUUGGAUUAGAUUUCAAUAAUGACAAAAGAUGUUCUUCUGAAGAAAAAAGUACAAAAUUUUGCUCAGUACAAAAACAUUAUGCUAAAGAGGAUUGUAGUCACUUAGAAAACGAGGGAUUUGAAGAAUGCAACGAACUAGAAGAAGUAGAUACUACAACCUCUGUAACGAAUAUUAAACCUCUUUCUCAGGAUAACAAUUCAAACUUAGAGGGAAUCUCCACCCAUAUUCAUAACAUAAUUGCAGCAAAUGAUGAGAUAUUGGGUGUACCAAAAUUGAAAUCUUCUACAUCGUCUGUAGAAAGGACAAUUACACUUCUCCAGUCGAUGAAUAGACAUUCCCAAUCAGUGGUUUAUUCAACAGCACCAGAUGAUUAUUCAGACCUAAUAAAAAAUUUAAAGGCACAUGAAAAUUUGAAAGCAAACAGGGAAGCAAUCCAAAAACUGGAACGUGAUGGAACUAAUCCGUCCACACCUUCAGGAAAUGAUCCAUUGCAAAUAGAUCCGAGAUAUUCAUACCAAGAAGAAGAAAUGUAUAUUUUAAAACGUAUACAAACUGAAAAAUCUGACCUACCUUUAAAACUAGAAAGAAUAAAACCUCAUUAUUUAAAAGAUGAACCUUCCAUUAUUGCUAAAGAAUAUUCUGCUCGCACGGAACCUGCGGUAGUGAUAAAAGAAUGUGCUGAUACUCUUCCACCUGAAGAGAACGCAAUGGAAAAAAAGAUAAUCAACGACCUUAUUGAUGGUGACAGAACUUUACCUCAUCAUUUGUUGGGUGAUUUAUCAAUUUUUUCAAAAUUUGCACCAGAAUCUGUACCAAAUAUUCAAGAUUCAAGUGAAUUAGAAAAUUCCAGUAUGAAACCAGAGCGAACACAACCGUAUUACUUGCAAGAUGAUCCAGCAAUAAUUUCCAAAGAAUUUUCUCCAUUUACUGCACCGUCUAUAUUAAUAAAAGAAGAUAUAAGUCGGAAUGUAACUGAAGCGAAUUCAUAUAAUUUGAAUCCCGAAUGUGGAAAUGCACAAAAUGAAGAAAAUCGUUCUGAAAAUAACCAACAAAUAAUUUCCAAUAACAAUAUUCAUGAAAAAGAGGUAGAGACCACGAAAGAAUCACCAGAACGAGAUUAUUUCAAUACGACACCUAUUUUAGAAGAUAAUGGAAUACUUAACGAUCCGUACAGUGAGAAAUCAAUAGCUUUUGAUACAGACGAUUAUGAGUUUGACGCUUUGAUAUCCCGAAAAGGUAGAAAUAGAACUAUACAACCAAUAAUACCAAAUAAGGAGCACUUGGAUGAUAGUAUAUUGAAGGCAAUGCCUUCCAGUGAAAUGCGUCAAAUAGCAGAAGAUGAGUAUUCUGAACCUGUCAUAUAUACAGAAACUGGUCGUUUUAGUGAAACCGUACUCAACACAAAUGAACAUUCCGAACAUAGUCAGUCUCAAGAGCAAUUAUUGUAUACCACUAUUCAACCUGAGGCUAUUGUCAAUCCACGUCUUGACAAAGAAAAGAAAUAUUCAGAGGUAUUAGAAAUUGCAAGUACGGAAACCAUAGAUUCAAAUUUAAAAAAGGGACCUGAAGUUGCUUCAAAAACAAAAUUAAAUUUGGACACUGAACAAAUCUCGAUGAAAGAGUUAUUGAAAAGAGUCAGAGAACGUAACCGCCUCGAAUGUUAUCGCGAGGUUGCGUUUAAAUCUGGAGGGACAGAAUUGGAACCCCUCUUGGGAAAAUGUGGACAGCCGAAAAAACCAUGUCCAUCACCAGCCCCUGAAUGCCCUCCAAAAAAUCCUUGCCCACCUCCUCCUUGUCCUCCACCACCGCCACCCUGCCCGAAGCCUUGUAAACCAGCAUGUCCUGACCCUUGUGCACCUGCCAAGCCAAGUCGCCCGCCAAUCAAAAAGAGUCCAUGUGAAAAAUUCAAAAAACAAAAGUUUAAUCAGAUUAGGGACACUCUAACCGUUCUUCUAACCCCUAAACCAAACAUAUCCUACUACAAGACUAAAAUGAACUUGACUUCUUCAAAAUCUUUGGUGACAGAAGAUAUAAUUACGAAAUUUAAUUAUUUAGGCAAUCAUUUGCGCGUGGUAUAUCAGCGAGGUCGGAAUGAUUCCUUUGCUAAUGAAUUCGCGAAGACCUCAGGUGAAAGUUCAGGAUCUUUGGCUUACGCGAAGGAUUACGAGCCGUGGGUGCCAAUACCUUCGUGGCCAAUACCGGAAAAAGAAAAGCAAAAGAAGUUUGUCUGCCCCAAAGAAGGAUGCAAGCAGCUCCCGCCGCCGCCGUUGACUCAACCGUGCAAGGACAACCAUUGUGCUAAUCUACCAAAACGCACUUUUUCGAUAAUUGACAUAUUUUUCAAAAGAUUAGGCAAGAAAAGCAUAUUUGAUGUUAGAAAUUUAUAAUAUUUUAGUCAAUUUGAUGUAUAAACAACGAAAAUAAACUGAGCCUUCGUUUUUUUUAAUAUAAAUAUAUGAUUAAUGCUGUUAUAGUCAGAAACAUUAUCAAUUCUCGACGUCAUGGUGAACAUAGUCAGGCAGGCAUUUUGGAGUAGGUAAAAGAAAAUAAUCUAUUGAACAAGUGUAUUGGAUUGGACAUAAAAUGCCCUCUUUUUUCGUAGUCGGUUAAGAAAUACAAUGAAUGUAUGA